UCCUCUCAGUCAGUCCGCAGAGAGAGCAGCAGCAGCAGUGAGGGGGGGUUGCAGAGAAAGAGAAACUGGGUGUGAGUCCCUCUGAGCCAACAAGAUUAUUCCUUUUGAUUCACAAUGAAGGAAAAUAAAAAGGCCCACAUCCUGACGUCACAUCUCGGUCGAUGACCGUCUGUUGCGGUGUCGGUGACUGUCAUGGACGCUAGUGACAAUAAGGAUGUGAAGCUUUCAGCCGAAGUGGAACCGUUCAUCCCGCAGAAGAAAGGUCUCGAAGGAUCUAUAGUCAGCAUGAGUCUACCCGGAGAGGCAGGCGGAGGUGGUGGAGGUAUAGGAGGAGGAGGCGGUGGUGGAGGGGUGGAAACCACUCCCAUACCCAGCUACCUCAUCACCUGCUACCCUUUCGUCCAGGAGAACCAACCCAACAGGCAACACCCUAUGUAUAAUUCAGGGGAGCUGCGCUGGCAGCAGCCUAACCCCAGCCCUGGUGGUUCAUACCUGGCCUAUCCCAUCCUGUCUUCACCCCAGCCUCCUGUCUCCAAUGACUACGCUUACUACCAGAUUAUGCCUGCUCCAUGCCCUCCUGUGAUGGGCUUCUACCAGCCCUUCCCUGGCCCCUAUGCAGGUCCCGUGCCAGCUGGAGUGGUCAACCCCGUCUCAGCAGAUGUCAGUGAAAGACCACUGACUCUGGGGCCAGCGUAUGGGAUGGCCAGUCAGAGGGGCAGAGGCAUGGUGCGACCUAAUCUUCUCCCAAAGCAACAGUUGGGUGUGUGCCAACCUCCGAGGGGUCGUCGGCCUCCGACCAGGAGUGUAGCCGUUCAGAAGGAGGUGUGCACCUUGGGGGCUGACGGUAGGACCAAGACGGUUAUGCUGGUGGAUGCAGCACAGCAGACCGAUUUCCCAGGUGAGAUAUCGGGGAGAUGCGCUGCGGAGCGGGCCAGUCCUCUGCUGUGGAAGAACAGGACAAAGAGAAGACGGGCGUCCCAUCCAGCCGAAAACUACGAGCAGGGCGCCAGUGAGGCAGACAUAGACAGUGACAGCGGCUACUGUAGCCCCAAACACAACCAGGCCGCGGGGGUAACGCAAAGAACAGCAGAAAAUGCUGCAGCACCCACAGGAGUAGAGGCUGGUGUAAUGACAGCAGGUACCUGGGUAAAUGUAGCCUCUCAGGCUACCCCGAAGUCCUGGGGAGACAGAAACGGCCAGUUUCACAGAGCAGACCAGAGGAAGAAUCCUGAGCAGAGAAACUUCUCACAGGAUUUCCACAGUGGCUAUCCAGGGCGUGUGCCGCAAAACCAGUCCGAACAAAGGCUGCAGCCAGCAGUGAGCACUGGUACUGAGGUCUCCCCAGAGCCCCUCUACUUUGAGGAUGAAGAUGAAUUCCCAGAUCUGGCUACUGGAGCGGCUGCUCAACGCAGCUCCAAACCAGAAUCUUCUUCAGCCCAGACACACGCGCAACCUAAACUUCCCAAAAACCUGCUGGAUAACCUGCCAGAAAACUCUCCUAUCAACAUUGUGCAGACACCCAUCCCCAUUACCACCUCUGUUCCCAAGAGGGCCAAGAGCCAGAGGAAGAAGGCUCUGGCUGCUGCUUUGGCCACUGCACAAGAGUACUCUGAAAUCAGCAUGGAGCAGAAGAAAUUACAGGAAGCGUUCACCAAAGCAGCAGGGAAGAAGAGCAAAACCUCUGUGGAGCUGGACCUGGGAGACAUGCUGGCAGCUUUGGAGAAACACCAGCAGGCUAUGAAGGCCAGACAACUCAACAAUACGAAGCCACUGUCAUUUACAGUUGGAACAACCACUCCGUUCCACGGUUCAGGCUUGGUCAGCCUGCCGUCCAUGUUGAAGGGUCAUCAGCAGCCAUACUCAGUCCCACACAAUUCCCUGGAUUCCAAUGCACCCCGUAUCAAGAGAGGGAAGGAGAGGGAGAUCCCCAAAGUAAAACGGCCCACAGCCCUCAAGAAGAUCAUCUUGAAGGAACGUGAGGGGAAGAAAGGGAAGACGAGUGUUGAACAGGAGUCUUCAGGCCAGGAGGAGCCUGGGGAUGAAAGUUUAAAUUUCACUGAUGAAAUUGCACGAGAGCCUGCCUCCCAAGAAGACAAUGGUCUGAGUAUGCCCAGCGAUGCAUCCCUUUCCCCGGCCAGUCAGAACUCUCCGUAUAGCAUCACCCCGGUGUCCCAGGGUUCUCCUGCCAGCUCUGGCAUCGGGAGUCCCAUGGCCUCGAACGCCAUCACCAAGAUCCACAGCCGUCGUUUCAGAGAGUACUGUAACCAAGUGCUGAGUAAGGAGAUCGACGAGAGCGUGACCAUGCUGUUGCAGGAGCUGGUUCGCUUCCAGGAGCGGGUCUACCAGAAGGAUCCUACCAAGGCCAAAUCCAAACGCCGCCUGGUCAUGGGUCUCAGAGAGGUCACCAAGCACAUGAAGCUGAAUAAGAUUAAAUGUGUCAUCAUAUCUCCCAACUGUGAGAAGAUCCAAGCCAAAGGCGGUUUGGAUGAAGCUUUAUACAAUGUGAUCGCCAUGGCUCGAGAUCAGGAGAUCCCGUUUGUGUUUGCCUUGGGCAGAAAAGCCCUCGGACGCUGCGUCAACAAACUAGUGCCUGUUAGCGUGGUUGGCAUUUUCAACUAUUCUGGAGCUGAGGGUCUCUUCAACCGUCUGGUGUCUCUGACAGAAGAGGCCAGGAAGGCCUACAAGGACAUGGUGUCCGCUCUGGAGCAGGAGCAGGCCGAGGAGGCUCUGAAGAAUGACAAGAAAGUGCCACACCACAUGGGGCACUCCCGCAACCACUCUGCUGCUUCUGCCAUCUCCUUCUGCUCCAUCUUCUCUGAGCCUAUUUCAGAGGUCAAUGAGAAGGAGUACGAGACCAACUGGAGGAGUAUGGUGGAGACUUCAGAUGCCCUGGAGCCUGUUGAGGCCGAGCCGAUCCGCCCUGCUCCUUCCACAGCCACCCAAAAAGACAGUGAGACCCCGGCAAUCACCGUCAACGGCGCUACGCCCGGCCCCACUGCCCCUCAGCUGGCCAGGCCAGCGCCUCCGACACUGACACUGACACAGGGUACCGGGGAGAGAGACGAGGUCCGGGUGGACGACCGGCUGGAGCUGGCCUCCCAGCAGAGCACAGAGACGGGCUCCCUGGACGGGAGCUGCAGGGGCCCGCUGAACUCCUCCAUCACCUCCACCACUUCCACCCUGGUCCCGGGUAUGUUGGAAGAGGCAGAGGAGGAGGAAGAGGAGGAGGAGGACUACACUCCUGAGCCUAUUGCUGUGGAGGUGCCUACCCUCAGCAGCCGCAUUGAAUCCUGGGUGUCAAAGACCCUGGAAAACCUGCAGCUGGGAAAGAGCCAGGAGAGUACGGAAGAAGAGGAGGAGGAAGAGGAUGAGGAGGAGAAAGGUCAGAGUGAAGAGGAGGAGGACCUCGAUUCAGCGGAUAUCACGGAGACGAGGGCCGAGGACAUAGAGCAAGUGGAGGUUAAGAAGGUCACCGGUUGAUGUCUCCUCCUCCCUCUCCUCCUCCUCCUCCCUUUGUUCUCACAUUCACUCAUUCCCUCUGUCCUCUGUCGCUCUCACAUCCUUCGUCAAAGCAACCAGCAGCUUUUCUCCUUCGUCUCCAAACCCUCUGACACCAGACAUAAUCUCAGGUAUCCGACCAACUGACCAACACUCACACGCAUUACAGAGACACUGACCAACGUAACACCCAGCGUCGCAGACCAAACAACAAGUAACGCAGUCCGAGGGACCGUGGUCGACACCAACGCUCACCUUGUGAUUAAACAGAAAGGAUGCCCUCACUUCUUCGGCCCAUAACCUGCUACACUUGAAUUCAGAGGGAACUUGGUGACUUUCCUCCUCCGAGGCUGAACUUGUUUGGAGUCGGGGAUGUUUUCUGAGAGCAAGUGCUAAAAAUGCUGAACUGCUGCCUGUAGUUCAGAGGAGGAAGGUUGGAACCUAUUCAGCUCCCAUCUAACUUCAAACAGAGCUCAGAAGCUCUGCAAGUAUUUGUGUGCGUGUGUGUGUGUGUGUGUGUGUGUGUGUGUGUGUUUACAGGCACAUAGUUUGCAUUACAUUUUUUGCUGUGUUCUUUAGCUUUAUCUUUGUAAAUAAUGUGUUUUUUCCCCCCCGUGCUCCAUGAGGGAAGGAGAAACUUGCAUUUCCUGAUUACAUCUUGGUUGAUAUUUAGCUUUUUCUCACAGAGCAUUACAGUGUCAGGGGGGUUCUGUCUUUCUACCAAAACCACUCCCACCCAUCGGUCUUCAGAGAGUGUUAUUUUAAUGUUCAAAUAAUAAGUGUCUCCAUUCUGUGCUCAGAUGAUUCAGAUGACUUUAACUUCUAAGAAGCGAAACAAGCUUUGUGUAUAUAACCAUGUCUAUGUGGUUCUACUACAGUAUAUAUUGGUUUGUCAUAUUGAUUCUGCCUAGUGUGAAACUAUUUUUGGUUGUUUUUCCUCUGACUGGAAUUGUCUUGAGUUCCCAGAUAUCUGUGCUUCAUAAAAAAACAAAAAUGCUCCUGUUGUUCCCUCUGGUGGUGUUUGUUCUCUGAUGGGGAGGGCGGUCUCAAGCUGUCUCCUUGGUAACGACCUAACAACAUUUUUAGAAGCCCUAACAUUGAGAUCUGAGCAGUUUUGUAAAAUAAGGAGUAAUGUAUGAUAUAAUGAAAUAAUCACGGUAUUGGAAAGUCAUUGUGUUACCAGUCUUCACACUUAAAAUAUGCCACUUAUAUCAUAUUAACCAACAGGACAAGCAGGUGUUUACUGGUUUUCAUAAAGUUUAACAAACCCAAGUCGACCAAAAGUAUCAGAUAUGGAUUAAUCCUUUCAGAGCUCUUCUAGAUUUUACAGACAGGUUUUUUUUUUUGGGGGGGGGGCACCAAGCUUCUACUCUCAAGCCUAAAAUGUGUUGAUUACAGCUGAGAAGCUCCCUCGUCGGGCAGGGUCACCCUGGAAGUAGUCACAAACUUUUGUAAAUACAUGUGUACAAAAGAGAUUUUUUUUUUUUUA